UAGAAUAAGGAGCCAAGUCAGUUAGUUUCAUUUUAUUCAGCACAAGCAGAGACGCGUCCCUGUGAGUCUUUCUGUGGCUGCCAAUAUGUUAUUGUCCUGGAUCUGCCUGUUUGUCGCCCUGGCAGUGGAAAGGAAUUCUGCAUCUGUAAUUCAUAAUAUAGAAGAUCCCACAAACACAAACAUUGGCAAUAGAUCAGUGUCACUGCGCAAGGUUUUUAGAAGAGACUCAAAAUGUCCAGAAGGGGAAUAUCCUGGAAAUAAAUUCUGCUGUAUGAACUGUGCAGUUGGGACGCGUGUCGAGAACGACUGUCAGGAGGAGCACGAGAAACCCACCUGUAUUCCUUGCACUGAUGGAAAAGAUUAUAUGGACAAAGCCAAUGGCUACCAUGAGUGUCUCCUCUGCAGACUGUGUGAUCAGGAACAUGGAGAGGAAGUCAAUUUCCCUUGUACAGUCUCUCGGAAUACCGUGUGUAAAUGCAGAGCCAGUUAUUUCUGCCGUACUAAUUCCAGCCAAGACCCCAGGAGCUGCGAUCACUGUCAGCAAUGUACCCAGUGUGAAAACGGUGUUGCAGAAAGAUGUACAGAGACAACAGACGCAGUGUGCAAAGGGUACCGAUACUACUGGGCACUGCUGAUAUUACUGCCACUGAUAGUACUGGCUGUGUGCGCAGUUUUCAAGUUUGUAAAAUGCAUGUCAAACACCAGUGUCAGGUAUCAGCCACCACCCCUAUCGGAGCCACCGACUCCCCCAUUGGAGCCACCAACUCCCCCAUUGGAGCCUUAUCCUUCAUACCUUAAAGAUAUUGAUUUGGAACCGUAUCUACAAGACUUGGCUGGUGAAAUGUUCUAUGAGCAGAUGGUGCAAUGUGUAAGAAGAAUGUGUCUCGGUGAUCCUACCAUAGAUGACAUUAAAAACAACCACGGACAAGGCUCUGAAGGAAAGUACCAGUUGCUGAGAAGCUGGUAUACACAACAUGGUCAACAAGGGGCAUUUCAGAAACUCAUUGAAAGUCUCAGAGAAUGUGGCCUCAAUAGACCUGCAGAAAAUAUCAUUAAUAUAUUAAACAGUAAAGUGCCGCAUUAAGAAGAGAUUGCACAUGGGAACGGUGCAAUCAACGACGAAAGGGUGAACAAAACUGUGAUUUGACUGUUACUGUCUUGAAUAGACUCUAUUUCUUCUUGACUAUGAGUGCUGCAAAGCCUUCCAUUAUGGAGAUGGUGACAAGAGUGGCCGCCAUAUAUAUUGGAUGCAUAAUGUUUCAAUGGACAUCAUGUUAUAUGUAUAGAAAUGCAAACUGGAGGAAGAAGAUGAUGCAGCCCAUUUUGUGCAGCUGAGUGUUCAUAAUGUGAGGAAUUAGAAAAUUAGGAAUUAGGAAGCUAUCAUGGUCCAUAGGACAAACUGGAAGGGAGGAGAACAUUGAAGUUUACUGGGGUAUUAUUAGAUUGCACAUUUACAAAUGAAUUUGCCUGUGGAUAGUUGUAUUUAUUUAACAGGUGAGGGGAUUAAGAACUCAUCUUGUUGCCUUAUUAAGAGGAGAAUAGGACCAAAGGGAACCUCAAUACAUAUACAUACAUUAUGCCCAUACUUCUGCAAUGAGACGAGGAAAGAAUGUCUCCUCCUGAAGUGGUGGCAGGAAAGGUUCCAUGCACUUCUAAGAACUACACAGGGGCAUUUCAGGAUUAAAGUGCUAGAAAAGCCAAAUUUCUAGUUUAAUAACAGGAUAUUUGGCUCUUAAAGUUACCAUGAGCGUUUUUUUUAAAAGGUAACUUCAGGGAAACUGCCGCCUCACCUAGUCUCAUGGCAGAAACGCCCCUGGGACUACACAUAACUCCUAGCAACUUGCCUCAUUUAGUACAAGAGAAAGCAGGAAUAUUUCUGCACUGCUUAAUACCAACUCACCCUGUGCCCUGGAGCAGGGUAUGUACUGGAGAUGAGUGAUUAUCAGGCUCCAUGGGCAGCACAAUGGCCUGGAUUUACUCCUGCCUCUACGUUUAGAGGGACAGAAGAACAAGGGCUUGGUCUCAGCUUCCCUAAUUCCUAGAAUACAUGUAAAAAGUACAGCAGGGGGCAUGCAGGCUAAGGUUAGCAAUUCAGAACCAGUGUCGAAUGGGCCGCUGGGACACCACUCCACCCCAGACCUGCUCCCUGGCUGCCCCAUAGAGAAAUAAACUGUGCUGCCACGCUUGUGCAACGUAUACGGGUAGCGGUCCAGGGAAUUGGAGGUCAGGAGGGGGUCCCCGGGGACGGCCAGAAGGGCCCUUCAUUUGCAGCCCUGGUGGGUCCCCACAACUCCAGUCUGACCUUGUUCAGAACACUUAACACUAGCGAUGAGCAAAAUUUUUCAGCAAGUUUGCAAAAUUAAUGACGCCCAUAGAUUCCAACGGGUGAAAAAAAUUGUU